AUGUCAAGCCUGUGCUACUGGCUGCUGCUUCUACUCGUGCAUUUCUCUCGCUCGACCAGCAGGGCCACCGCUGGCAAGGUGUCGGCGUUCAUUGUGUUCGGGGACUCCACAGUGGACACGGGCAACAACAACUUCAUCCCCACCAUCGCCAAGGCCAACUUCCCGCCAUAUGGGCGCGACUUCAACGGGGGCGUCGCCACCGGCAGGUUCUCCAACGGCCGGCUUGUCACAGACUUCAUUUCAGAGGCCUUCGGUUUGCCGUCGACUCUGCCGGCAUACCUGGACCCCAGCUACACGAUCGACCAGCUCGCUAAGGGCGUCAGCUUUGCCUCCGGAGCCACCGGGCUGGAUGAUCUAACAGCAAAAUUCACAUCAGUAAUACCCCUGGGCCAGCAGCUGGAGUACUUCGAGGAGUACAAGGCGAGGCUGGAAGCCGCAAAGGGGGAGUCCGUGGCCAGCGAGAUCAUCGCCGAGGCUGUGUACAUCUUCAGCAUCGGCACCAACGACUUCAUCCUUAAUUACUUCACCCUUCCUGUCCGCCCCGUCCAGUAUACCCCGGCGGAGUACGUCGGCUACCUCGUUAGCCUUGCUGAAGCGGCCGCCCGUGACGCCUACCACCUCGGCGCGCGCAAGUUCGGGCUCUGCGGGCUCCCUCCGUUCGGGUGCUUACCUCUCUCGAGGACGCGGAACCACAGAGAGCCAGGCGAGUGCAACGAGGAGUACAACCAGCUGGCCAUGAGGUUCAAUGCCGAGCUGCAGGACGCCGUGACGAAGCUCAAUGGUGACCUCGCCGGCGUGCUGGUGGUUUACGUUGACAUUUACAGCGUGUUGUCUGACAUCGUUGCCAAUCCGUCGGACUACGGUUAG